AUGGAUGAUCAAAUUCAGUUGUUGACUCAAUUGAGCAACGACCCACCAGAGAUUAUCCAAUUUCAUCUUGAAGGAGAAGCUGAUUGGAGUUGGGAUUCAUAUAAGAAGAAAGAAAAAUGGAAGCAGGAUUCAUGGCUAAGAACCCACAAAUUCUUAUGUGUAUUUCUGCUUCUGUUUUUCAGUUUUGGACUUGUUUCAGGCAAGAAAUGGGAUGGGGUCAUUGUAACGCAAGCGGAUUAUCAAGCUCUCAGGGCCUUGAAACACGAAUUUGUUGAUUCGAGAGGGGUCUUGAGGAGCUGGAAUGACAGUGGUAUUGGGGCUUGUUCUGGUGGGUGGAUUGGAAUAAAGUGUGUUAAUGGCCAGGUUAUUGCUAUCCAGCUCCCAUGGAAGGGAUUGAGUGGCCGAAUCUCGGAGAAAAUCAGCCAGCUUCAGGCUCUUCGCAAAAUUAGCCUCCACGACAAUGUUCUAGUCGGCCCUGUUCCUACAUCUCUGGGGUUCCUUCCAAACCUCCGGGGAGUAUAUCUUUUCAAUAACCGGCUUUCAGGCUCAAUCCCUCCAUCAAUUGGUAACUGCCCACUUCUUCAGACUCUUGAUGUUAGUAAUAAUCAACUUAAUGGAAUGAUUCCUCCCAGUCUAGCGAAUUCCACCAGGUUAUAUAGACUCAAUCUGAGCUUCAAUUCUAUUUCAGGGCCUAUCCCUUUAAGCCUUUCUCAGUCUCCCUCUCUUAUUUUUCUUGCUCUUCAACACAAUAAUCUUUCAGGCUCAAUUCCUAAUACUUGGGGUACCAAAUCAGUAAACCAUUCUUAUCAACUCCACUCUCUGACUCUAGAUCAUAACCUUCUUUCUGGGAAAAUUCCAGCUUCUCUUAGCAAACUGGGGUUACUUGAAGAUAUUAAUCUGAGUCAUAACCAAAUUGAUGGGGCCAUACCUAAUGAAUUCGGUAGCCUCUCUUCUCUGGUAACCUUAAAUCUUGAAAACAACCAACUCGAUAACCAAAUUCCAGAUUCCGUUGGGAAAUUAAGAAAUCUCUCCGUUCUGAACUUAAGCAACAACCAGUUCAAAGGCCAUAUUCCAGAUACUAUUGGGAAUAUCUCUGGUAUCACCUUCCUCGAUUUAUCAGAAAACCAUCUCACUGGGGAAAUUCCCAAUUCCCUUGUAAAUCUAUCAAAUCUUGCUUCUUUUGACGUUUCAUAUAAUAAUCUCUCCGGUGUUGUUCCAUCUGUUUUGGCGAGGAAGUUCAAUUCAAGCUCUUUUAUGGGUAAUAUUCAGCUGUGUGGAUACAGUAGCUCAACUCCAUGUGCUUCUCCCCCACCGGAAAAUCUUCCUUCCCCUUCAAAAGCGGCACCAAAGAAUCACCAUCGAAAACUGAGUACGAAGGACAUAAUUCUCAUAGCAGCCGGAGCCCUUCUAGUUGUUCUACUAAUUCUAUGCUGUGUAUUGCUAUGUUGCUUGAUCAGAAAAAGAGCAGCUUCAAAAACUAAAGAUGGUAAAAAGGGGCUGGCUUCCAUAGGUCAAGGUGCAAAGCCAGUUCCGGGUGCAGAAAGGGAAGUUGAAUCCGGCGGUGAAGCUGGAGGAAAACUAGUCCACUUUGAUGGUCCAUUUGUCUUUACAGCUGACGAUUUAUUAUGUGCAACUGCAGAAAUAAUGGGAAAGAGCAGUUAUGGGACCGCGUACAAAGCAACAUUGGAGGAUGGUAAUCAAGUUGCUGUGAAGAGGCUAAGGGAGAAGAUGACAAAAGCACAGAAAGAGUUUGAAAUCGAUGUUGCAGAACUUGGAAAGGUUCGACAUCCGAAUAUCUUGGCCCUUAGAGCUUAUUACAUGGGACCUAAAGGAGAGAAGCUUCUCGUCUAUGAUUAUAUGUCGAAUGGCAGUCUCUCAACCUUCCUUCAUGCAAGAGGACCGGAAACGAGCAUUCCCUGGCCAACAAGAUUGACCAUAGCUAUUGGUAUAACCAGAGGACUCUGCUACCUUCACACCGAAGACAAUAUAAAACAUGGGAGUCUUGCAUCGAGCAACGUACAACUUGACGAGCACAACAAUCCCAAAAUAGCAGAUUUUGGCCUAUAUCGACUGAUGACAACUGCUGCAAACACCAACAUGAUUGCGACUGCAGGGACGAUGGGAUAUUGUGCACCAGAGCUUUCGAAACUCAAGAAUGCAAGCACCAAGACUGAUGUCUACAGCCUUGGAGUAGUCAUAUUGGAGCUCUUAACAGGAAAAUCACCCAGUGAGGCGACUGAUGGCCUCGACCUGCCCCAAUGGGUGGCAUCUAUUGUGAAAGAGGAGUGGACUAAUGAAGUUUUUGAUGUGGAGCUUAUCCGGGAUGAAUCCAACAAUGGUGAUGAAUUGCUAAAUACAUUAAAAUUAGCUCUGCAUUGUGUCGACCCUUCUCCAUCAGCGCGGCCUGAAGCUCGGGAAGUUCUUCAGAAACUGGAGGAGAUAAGGCCGGAGCUGGCAGCGAGCACAGCAGAAAGCUCUGGUGAUGCUGGUGCUGGUGCGUUUGCCGGAAAAACUGAAUGA